AUGGCUGUGUGGCUGUCCAUGCACGCGUCCGUGACUUCACAUAGCUACGCUACGCGAGUUCUCACCCGAUUUAUCCGACUGCCCAUACCGGGCAGUUCGCAGCUAAAUGUUUUGAACGCACGCUUCGCAGACUUCGAGAGACAGGGCAAGCAGAUGCUGCGCAUCCCCUUCCUGACCAAGGCGAACAACAGCUGGCAAGACCGACCGCAGCUUGAGGUGCAGCGAGAAGCUCCAUCGGACCACCUCGGUGCUGGCAUUUGGGCGUAUGGCGGCCUGAUGAAGCUCGAUGUGGCUGGCUAUGAGGAGGACAUCAUGAAGGCCGUCCACCAUCGAACUCAGCGUCACAUCCAGCUGUUUCGACGAUUGCAAGCACUUUGGCAAUGCUACGAUGCAUAUGCGCGAGUUUGCAUGUCUCUGGGCGUGAGGAUGAUGCUCCAGGGCAUCUCCUACUACCUUCUGGGCAUAUGCUGGGUGCAGAUCAAUGCGCCGUAUGUGGCUGCAGCCUGCGCCCUGGUGUUUCAAGCGUUGGCAUUAAACCUGGCGGCCCUGGACAUCCAUGGCGUGAACGACCUCUCGCUCAUUGGGGCGCUGCCCAGCCUCUGCGCCAUCAUGGCCUUGGCCUGUGCUCAGAGAACGCCUUUUGGUGAACUGGACUCUGAGCAAACCUAUGUGCUCACGUUGAUCAUGUACCCGCUGGAAGUCCUGUGGUUCGAGAUGCUCCACUGGUUGGCGUCUCCUAUGGGUGAUGCUGGAUUCCUGCCUCGUCAGUUCAAGUCCGUGCUUUUCAUGGAUGUCUUCAGUGACCUCAAUGAGUCUGGGAUGGUGACGAGUGAGGAGAAGGAGGUGGUGGAAAUGAGGCGGCCUGAGGUGCAGAAGGCUUUGAACAUCACGCGGGCGGCCAUUCGACGAUGGGAGGCCGUUCCCCGAAGAUGGCUAACCCUGCGGCAGUAUCGCCAAAGAAAGCAGCUGCUGAGAAGUUACAAUGCCACAGCAGAUGCCUUCGUAGACUUCAUGGAGAAGCUGGAGAUGCCAAUUCCUGUCGAGGACGACCGUCCUUGGGCACAGUUCCCUGCAGCUGAACGACGCAAGGACCCCUUCUCUGGCACGGUCCUUGGGCCGUUCUCCUUUUGGUUUGGCACUGGGGUGGUCUCCACGUGGUUCUACGAUAUAGAAAGCCGGUACAGGUCUCAGAAUGGUGUGCUGUAUGACAGACCACCGAGCGACAAGAUCUUGGACCUGGACUCUGCCAUGGCCAUCUGCAUGGAGUUCAAGCGGAAAGUCGAGAUGAUGACACAUGGAACGGUCGAUGAAACUUCCGAUCGCAGUGAUGACUCGGACCAGGACAUGGCCACAGGAAGCCAAAUCUCAAGAGAUGAUGAGAGGACUCCCCUUCGAGGCCGCGCGGAGCGAAGUCAGGCGGACGCCAACAUCGAGGUCAACCGCCUGCCGUGGAACCUGGUCAGCUUCGUGACGCGAGCCAUCCAGCUGGUCUGGCUUGGACUGGGUGUCAUGGCCAUCCUUCGUGAGACGAAGACACACAUCUUCGACUGGCAAGCGUCGCACAUCGUCGAAGAGCGACGACUCGCGGCAUCACAGGUACCUGAAGUCGUAUUCGAACAGCUCAAUGUUUCUUGGCCAUAUGGCCACUUCUUCAGCCCAGAUGCUCUGUCCUGCCAGUCGAAGGGUGAGGUCUUGGUUGGCUCUACUUUUGCCCAGUAUGCCGUCUUGGACACGGAACAGCCGAUUCAACUUGUGGAGAAGCUUCCUCAGGAGAUUCCCGGUGGUUGGCGGCUUGCGUGUGACAAGACCGGUCUGGAAUGUCUUUGGGUCGAGCAGCGGGAUGACAGUCCUAGCACCCUCCAGCUGCACGACGUCAACCGCACAGCUGGCCUUGCCCCCAUGACAGUCGAGCUGCGCGGCGUCACCCCUGCAAGGCCUCGUUGGCGGUACUUGGCAGGCUCAGUGCUUUCCUGCGCAUUGCUGGAGAAUCCUCCGAGCGUCCUCAAGACUGCAUCUGGAUCCUGCCUCCUCGUGGCUCUAGGAGAUGGCACGAAUGAGAUCAGCUUCGCGACCGUCGAGCUACCAAGGACUCGGGAUGAUGCGAGCCCUCUCAAGCUGAGACUGACCCUUCGCUCCCAGCUUGCAUUGGAGUUGAAGAACGCAACCUCCAAGCAGGACCCUCUUGCAACAUCGGAGGAAGUAGAUGCCGUGCAUUUGGAUUUCGCACAGGAAGGGUGGCUCUGGGUCGUGGUUUCAACUGGCCGGCUGGAGCUCUGGGACCUCAUGAGCGACCGCCGGCUGAGCCACGCCGGGCAGCUCCCCAAAGGCUUUCGAGGCUCCGGUCUCUGUGUGCGCCCUGGCGGAUCACUUCUGGUCGUCGGGCGCAUGCAGCAAGUCGUCCAACACUACGUGAAGUUCCCAGGAUUUGAGGGUGUCCCAGCUGGACUUGGCGCUUUGACCACUGCGCCCGGCUCGUACGGCUUCGUGGCACUGUUCCUGCUCAGCGGCGCUAUGGAGCUGGGCGUUUGGACUCAGGAUCCCAGCAAGGAGGCCGGUGACUUCGGUGACCCCCUGGGUCUUGGCCAAUUCAACGAGGAGAUGAGGAACAAGGUGCUGGAUGACGGCUUCCAGGAGGAGAUGGAACUGCUGCGGGCCAUGUGGCCCGAGCAGUCCGACCUGUGCUUUGAGCACUUCCACGACCUCCCCGGCGACGUUCACACUCGAAUCUCUGUGCAGCUGGUUCCUCACACAGCUGGGGAGGAGCAGGGACGCUUCGUGCGCUGCCAGCUCCUGCUCGACGUGCCGCGCGGCUACCCGCAGAAGCCGCUGCGAUUGGAGCUGGGAGCCUCACGAGGCCUCUCGGAUUCCACCAGCGAAGGCUUUCUCUCCCGGCUGGCAGCUGUAUCCGAUGGGCUCUGUGGGCAGCCAGCAGUCUAUGCGCUUCUUCAAGCAGCUCAAGACAUGUUGACGGAGUUGAACGUUCCCUGUGGCGACUGCGCCAUCUGCCUCCUAGAUCUCGACGUGGAGGAUGAUCAGGCGGAUCCCGUGGUGCGAACUCCAUGUUAUCACGCCUUCCACCAUGGGUGUUUGGCGAGUUACUGGUGGACGGAGUGGGAAAAGCAGCUGCAGCCUUUGAGUCUGCGGGUGCAGUCCACUAGCCGCGUUUCAGCCGCAGAGGUCUGUUGCCCUGAGUGCCGUUUGCCGCUGCCCUGGACAGCGCUGAGCGCCCUACACUUGUCGUUGGAGGCCCGGGACGCUGACAGGCGCGGGGCUGUGAAGAUCGAGGAGCCACCGAGAGACCCGGAGAAGGAGGGCGCGACGGAGCCUUUGGAAGAGGUUGAGGUCUUGCAUCCACAGGAGCCAUCGCUCCCGAUGCUGGCUCCCUCCCCUGAGGAAGUGCUACUCUUUGAGGUGGUACAUCCCAAGGGGACCUGCUUUCGGAGCCGCCCGCGUUGGUCGGCGAAAGUCGCCAACGGCCAGGUCUCUCGAGGAGUCCAGGGAGUGGUGGCGGAGCUUGUCGAGGGUGACACGACCUAUCUUCGGCCAGAAGGUUCGAAGCACUUCCUUCCGGUCAAGGGCCUCUCUGCAAACAUCAAGUUAGUGCACCUUGAGCAACAGCGCAAGGAAGCUGCAUGUGCGGCAUAG